AGAGCAUCUUCUUGAGAAAAAGAAGCUGAAGUGCUGUAUAAGAUGUUUGUGCUUCAUGACACUCAGAUUCUACAGACUCUGUAUAAAUCCUUGGAAAAGAGAAACCCUGAAUCUAUAAAGGUAUAUGGUGCCAUUUUCAACAUAAAAAAUAAAAACCCGUUCAACAUGGAGGUACUGGUAGAUGCCUGGCCAGAUUACCAGACGGUCAUUAUUCGGCCUAAGAAACAGGAGAUGAAAGAUGACCAGGAUCAUUAUACCAACACUUAUCACAUCUUCACCAAAGCUCCUGACAAGUUGGAGGAGAUCUUGUCCUGCUCCGAGGUUAUCAAUUGGGAGCAAACUUUCCAGAUUCAAGGUUGCCAGGAGGGCCUGAAUGAAGCAAUAAGAAAGGUUGCAGCUUCAAAAACAGUGCAGGUAGAUUACGUGAAAACCGUGCUCUUCAAACCAGAAUUACUAAAGGAACACAAAACUUCAAGUAAUGACAAGAUGGAGUUAUUUGAAAUGCAUAAAGUGGAUGACAAUAACAAGAAAAGAAAUUUUUCAAGCAUGUUCUUAGAUGCUUCACAUGCAGGUCUUAUAAAUGAACACUGGGCCUUUGGAAAAAAUGAGAGGAGCUUGAAAUACACUGAACGCUGCCUCCAGGAUUUUCUAGGAUUUGGUGUGCUGGGUCCAGAGGGGGAGCUUAUCUCUUGGGUUGUGAUGGAACAGUCCUGUGAGCUGAGAAUGGGUUAUACUAUCCCCAAAUACAGAAACCAAAGGCACAUGUCACAAAUUUUAUGUUAUCUUGAAAAGUAUCUUUCUCAGAAAGAAAUCCCAUUUUAUAUCCAUGUGGCAGAUUAUAAUGUGGCAGGCUUACAGAUAAUGAAAAAUAUGGGGUAUAUGAUUUGUCCUUGUGGCUGGCAUCAGUGGAAAUGCACCCCCAAGAAAUAUUGUUGAUUGGAUCCAUUGUCCAUUUCAAAUCUUUCUUAUCAGUAGAAAAACAUUUAAUUAAAACACAAACAUCAUAAUAUACAUUAGCAUAAAAGGCAUCUGAUUAUCCAGGAUGUGUAUUACUUAAGCUCACCUCAAGAUUUUUACCCUCCUCCUCUUCUGUAGUCUUACAGCUCAAUCAUUUGUUCUCAUAAUUUCCUUUAUGACAACAGACAUCUCAGAAUUAAAAUCAUCCAAUGCCAAUCAUCAGUGCCAAGAUAACUCUUUAAAGGCAACAAUUUCUUAAAUGAAGACAAAUUAUUUCAUGAAAAAUUCACUUUUAUGACU